AUGGACCUCUCCGACGACUGGCGCUUCCUCUUCCCCGUCUCCUCUAUCUUCAACCCGCCGUCGCUCGCCCCGCCGGACGCCGCCCGCGGGCCGCUCCUCUUCUCGCCCCUCCCGCCGCCCGCCCCGCUCCUCUCCCUCCCCUCCCCCUUCCCUCCGCCGCUGCACGCCUCCACCACCGGCGACCUCUUCCACGCCCUCCGCUACUUCCUCUCCUCCACCUCCUUCCUCCCCUACUCCCACCUCCGCUCCCUCUCCGCCCCCCUCCUCGCCGCGCCGUCCCCGCCCUUCCCGCCGCCAUCCAAUCUGCUCGCGGCCCUCCGCGCCCGCUCCCCCUCGAGCCCCCUCCUCCUCUUCUUCCCCCACGGCAAGAACGCGGAGAAGAUCGCGUUCGCCACUCUGGACUCCUCCCUUACCAUCCCCGCGCCCCUCGUCGUCCAGAGCGACGGGCUCAAGCACCCUGGCCACCGCAUCCUACAGCUCGCCGCCUCCCCUGCACAACCAUCCUGGUCGUCAGAUCAGGAUGACACCCAUCUCGAAGGCUUCCUGCUUGCCGCGACUCUCUACUCAGUAAACUGGUUCAGAGUCGAGCCAGGGAACUCGGGCUCCCCGGCGCUCGCACCGCUGGCCAAGCAAGGAUUCGAUGCCGCUGUCGUGCACACCUGCUGGAGCAAGCAUUUUCCAUCGCAGUGCGCGGUGAUGCUGGAGACCGGGGAGCUGUGCUGGUUCGACCUGGACACACGGCUCGGAGGCAAGGCGAGGGUUGGUCUUGGCAGCAACGGUGACGAUGACAAUGACGACUUCGGGGACUGGCUGAGCUGCGUGUAUGGAGCGCAACCCUGGAUGGUGAUCGUAGCGAGCACAAAAGCCGUUCUCUCGGUUGAUUUGAGGUUUGCUGAUCGCGGCGAGUACAAGGUUCUAGCGAGAGUCGGGGUGCCAGGGCUGUUUGAAACCGAGCCGUUCGACGUGAUCGAGCAUUACCUUGCGUUCUGCAAGGCCGGGUUUGACGAUUUCCACAUGUCGGUGGUCACGGAGCGUCACUUGAUCCUCCUUGACGCGAGGCAGCCGUUGACGCCCGUGUUGUCUUGGCAGCAUGGGCUUGACAGGCCGAAUCACGUCGCUAUGUUCCGCCUAUCCGAGUUGAGACCUUCCGAGGAACAUGACUGGGCUUCUGAUUCAGGUUUUGCCAUUUUGGUUGGUUCAUUCUGGAACGGGGAGUUCAGCUUGUUCUGCUACGGGCCUAAGGAGCAGGGAUGUCCAGACAGUUCUCAUUUAUAUGCAUGGGACAUUCCUUCACGGCUUUCUCUGACAGGUCAGCAUUGUGGUUGCAGCAAAGGAAUCAUGGAAGAGGUAUUCUCAACGCAUGUUUCAGGGCGUGGCGGCUAUUCUUGCCAGCACGGUGCGAACUCCAUCCUUGGCUACUAUGUGCUUCCAGAUGAGAUCUCGGUGUCGGAGCCAACGUCCUCCAGCUUUGCUUUGAUCCGGCUGACAGCAUCGGGGAAGUUAGAGAUGCAACAGUAUCGUGCAUCUGGAGAUUUGCGUGAUGACAUUGACACCUUAUGUGAUGAAUCAGAACAUGCAUCCAUGGAUAUUUGUUCACCCAGUUUUGUCGACACUCAGGAAGAAAAUGACUCAACCAAACUGCGAUUCUUGAAGCUGCGUUUCCUAUCUGAAUAUCUGAAGGGCAAUCUAUGCAGUGCAUUGGCGAAGCAUGAUACUAAUGUUAUCGAAGACGGGGAGAAAAUUACUAUCAGUGAAGAUGUGUCAACAUUUGCAGAGGAGAACUCUAGAUCCAGUUUGCUAUCAGUUUCAGAUUUUCUAUGUAAUGCUAGUGUCCCCCUGAACGCUUUUGAAAUUGCAUGUCAGAGCAUAUUGAGCGGUCUAUCUUCAGAUAUUCUUCAGAUCUCCUUCUCUAAGUACAAGGACAUGCUAAAGUCCGAUUCAAAAGAAGGCUUAUUAGAAUAUUUAAAAGUUCCUAGAUGUUUGCCGCAUAAUGAACUUCGGCCUUUCCUGCUAGCAAAACCAUCAAGCACAGGUGAGAAGCUGACUAGCAAAGUGAUAUCUCAAAAUGCUAUUGUUGGACCAGUGCUCCCUGUACCUGUUCUGCUUGCAAUGGAAGAGAUGAACAAGGGCACAGAAAGCCCUGAUGACAGAGAAACUGCAGAAACCGACUUUGUACACGAUCGAUGUAGUGAAGUUCGUGAAGCCUUUGUUCCUGAAACAUCCAUUGCUGAGGCAGACUGGUUCUCCCAACAGAAGUUGAAUGAAAAGAAUUCCUUUUUUGUUUACAGGCCUCGGACUGAGAAUAGGUUUACUCUUGAUGAAACUGCUAUCAAGAAGGAAACAGAAGAGCAAAAUGUUGGUGAUCGUGAAUGUUCUCAAACAUCUGCAGCACCAUACAAGGAUGAGAACUUCUUGGAAUUUGUUUGUGGAAAAGUUGGGAGUCCUCAUUCUGGGCCUGAACAAGCCACAUCUGAUUUGUUUGAUUUCAGCCCACUGAAGAUGAAUUUUGAUUCCAGAGACCUAAAUAUUCAGCCUGCUGAAGAAAAAAUAUACAAAUGCUUGAAGAAACAAUUUUUAACCUGGCAAAAAAAUUUCAAGCCAUACCAAGAGUUUUGUAGCUCAUAUGAAAUACAAAAGCCGUCAUAAUGUCCUGCCAUGCUCUAUUCAGUUCUAACAGCUAUUGUAUAUUUCCAUGUAAUUUUAUGCAUAUUGUUGAGAAAAGGGGCACUUGGCUCGAUAUAGACAUAAGGUACUGUUUGUACAUUUGCAUGCGUAUUCCUUCUUAUGGUCACAAUGCUACAAUA